GAUGUCCGUCGUGAAGAAUAGCUGGGCUGCUUCACGUGCAUGAAACAAAACACACACACACACACACACAAACACACACACGGUCAGUUGACAUGUCUGCGGUGCAGUGGAGACGGUGAAGCAGCCGCUGCUCCUCCUCUUCAUCUCCGGCUCCGACAAACACGGUCAACGUCUCCGGGACAUUCGCGAACAUCCGGUGGACGUCGUCUGGUGAGACAUGGCAGAGGGCGACUUUGACCCUUGUGAGUGCAUCUGCACACAGGAGUACGCUAUGAGACGUCUCAUCAAUCUGCUGAGGCAAUCUCAGUCGUACUGCACAGACACGGAAUGUCCUCAGGAAUUGCCAAGUCCCAGCGGGCCGCUCGGAGGGGGAGGAGGAGGUGACCUGAUCCUCCCCAUGGUAAUGAUGGGAUGGGUGGUCGUGGCUCUGGUCCUGUUCCUGCUGCGUCCAUCUAGUCUCAGGGGACCACGUUCCACAGGCAAACCCACGGGACCCCACAAUAGCGAUGGAAGGGAGCCCCCAGCACCUCCCAUUGACUAACAGUGGAGCCAGACAACCCUGACUCCUCCACCUGCUCUGACUGGAAGUGCACAGUUAUCUGCUGACUGUGACCAAGACAGCACCAUCUCCCUGUCCCCUCAUACAGAUAUCUUUAGCCUUUUUUUCUAACUGCUCAGCGUUGUUGGGUAAAUCUGUCUUUGAUUCUUGUUAGUAGAUCCCGACUGAUACUCGGUUGAUAAAGCGUUUGAUGAUAUAAUGAUCAAUAUUCAAUUCUUACUUAAUAACUCAACAUGAAUGAUUGUGACAGUUAUGUUUCAGCUUUGGUCUUUUCUUAAAACGUCAUAGAAACUUUUCAUAAUAACAAAAAUUAUAUAAUCUUAUUAAAAAAACUUAAAUUGAAAGAAAGUAAUCGUCUGACAUCUGUCAAAACAAUGUACCUGUUAUUAGCCAGUUUAAACAGAUAAUAUUGGUCAACAAUAUCAGCAUGUUUAUGAAUCAGUUGGGUUCUACAUUGUACCUCAACAUACCUUUAAUCAGGAGGUGUGGCCGACUUCUGUGUCGAUCCCAGAUCUCCGACUGAUCCUCAAACAACUGAGAUGUGUGAUGAAGGCAUGGGUCACACGGGAUGCGGGUUGAAGAGGGAGGUUGCAGUGUAUUUUUGUCGGGCGGGUAAAUUGAUGUUUAGCUGAGUUAUGGAGGGUCAUGGGUCCUUUACAUUCUCUGAAACAUUCCUCUAAUUCCACUUGAAAGCCUCUGCACAGUUCUAGUAAUGAUGUCAUAUCCCAUUUCACAGCACAUUCAAACCAGCACAAGUUACUCUGGGUCAGGAUUUAGUUUUCAAAUAACAUUACAUAUUGAUUUUAAUGUUACACGUUCUUUUCACCUGAGCCAGCAAAUAACUAUUUCCAAUAGAGUCUGUCCCAUAAACUGAUUUUAAACAAUCAGUUUCAUCACCUAUUAAUGUUGUGUCUUUGCAAAUCCAGCAGAGCAACACUGAAGUUCAUUUCGAGUCAUGCUGGCAACAAAUUCCAAUUUCCACUCUUCUUUAAGCUCUGAUUUUGGUCUCUACCACCUCUUAGGGCAAAUAUCUUUCUCUUCAGCUGGUAAAUGAUCCUCUGUGUUCACCACCGGUCAGUCUGCCAUUAUGUGUCGAGCAGGUAGUGCACAGUGGGAUUAAUGUGCUUUUUCUCUGAAAAUAGCCGACUGCUGCGGGUGAAAACGCUAUGAGAGUGGUGAGAAUCCAAACAGUAAAGUUUCAACCAAACAGCUAAAAAAUUACACUCUUUAAAUUCAAAGGGAGCUGUAGAUUCAGGAGAUAAUUCUGUGUAUGUUCAUCACUACAACAACCCCCUCACAGUCUUCCCGUUUUCAUUUGAUCCAUUAUUAUCAUAGAAACACUAGAGCCACUUUAAGUCGGAUUAUUUGUUUAUUGUAGUUAACAUGAUGAAGAAGAAAAUACAUUUAAAAUAUGUCGACGUGGUAAGAUUUGAUGCACAAAAUAGUUCUUCCCUUUCACACUCAUUGUCAGGCAAACAGGGUUCAAUAGGUCUGGUAAUUGUAACACUAAAAUCAGCACAAGCAAAAUUAGUUUUAAUCAUGAAGAUUAUCUGUGUACUGGAAUAAUUUUGUCGAUAAAUUAAGUAAAUGAUUAUUGUAUACCGACAAAUUAUUUUUAUCAGCACUUUUGCUGCAGUAUCUUGAUUCUUCAGCAGUUUGUGAUUAUAGGGAGCGAUCCAUAGUUUAUACUUCACAACUUCUGUAUCAUAAAAAUAUGUCAAAAGUGGAAAGGAUAGAAACGAGAAGGUGCCUUAUCAAACCGGGCCAGUGUCACAUGCUCAUCUUACAGAACAGCUUUUUGUGACAGGACAAUAACAUUUUGUUCAGAUUUAUUUUAGAUUCAUGUCAGGGACAAUGAAAUCAUCUGCAGUUGGAUUUGUUGUGACUUUUUCCUGUUUUUAGCAUGGUUUGUUACAGGGUUAUUUUUCUUAAAUCUGUAAAUCUUGUUCAAAAGCUGCUCUGCUAAAUUAGUUAUUGAUUUAAUAUCUAUAUGACUUUAAUGGAGGUGUUUCAGUUAAAGGUGAAGUGAACAGAAUAAUAGAAACCCCGUAAUGCACCAACAUGUGUAUGUAAAAAUGGGUGGAUGUGUACAACAGUGCAACAGCAACACAAAUUGAAGCCUCAAAGUUUGGGGCUUGAAACAAUCUAAAGAUAGAUUUUAUGUUUUUUUUCGUCACUGUAUUAUAUGAAGUUCUGUUAUGCGCCAGUCACGGGAACAUUGUUGAUAUUGUGUAUCUCGGUCUUACUCUCCAACAUAUGAUAUCAGAAAUUAACGUCUUUUGAAUCUGGCCAUGAACUGGAACAAUUGUGGGAUCCCAAUUUUCUUCAGUGGCUGGCUACUCUUCAUUUUCAAAUCCAUUUCUUUUGUUAUUGAUACAUAUUUCUAGACUUUGGGGCUUUCUUUCUAGACUCAGAUAUGACGGGGAAGAGAUAGAGGGAAAAUCUUCGACAAACCACAAGUAGUCAUAAAUACAGAAGGGGGAAGCCCAUCAGGAAGAAAAUUGUUGAGAUGGAACACCUGGACGAUCUGAUAUCAGAGAUCUUGAUUUACACUGUUAAUCUUGAAGAGUAAAAGGGCUUCAACUAUGCACUUUCCUAUAACAAAACAAAAAUAAAAUAAAAAAUCAGUCUGACUUUC